CGCCCCGCUUGACUCGUUCCCGUCCGCCCCCUGGGCCCAUCGGUCGCGCCUGCGCACUCGCCGCUACUCGGGCGCUCGCAGGGGGAGCUGCUGCAGGCUCCGCGGCGGCGGCAACGGAGGCUGCGGGGGCGACGGCGCGAGCGGCCGGGCUUCGGGGGGGAGCCGAGCCCGGCCCGGGAGCCCGAGCAGUGCAAGUGUGAGGCACCUAGGCCCCUCACGCUGGACUCCUCAGUCUCCCGGCCGCCUGUCCUCCACACGGGUAUAUGGGAUGGAAGCGGGACCCUCGGGAGCAGCUGCAGGUGCCUACCUGCCGCCCCUGCAGCAGGUGUUCCAGGCACCUCGCCGGCCUGGCAUUGGCACAGUGGGCAAACCAAUCAAGCUUCUGGCCAACUACUUUGAGGUGGACAUUCCUAAGAUUGACGUUUACCAUUACGAGGUGGACAUCAAGCCGGAUAAGUGUCCCCGCAGAGUCAACCGGGAAGUGGUGGAGUACAUGGUCCAGCAUUUCAAGCCUCAGAUCUUCGGGGACCGCAAGCCUGUGUAUGAUGGAAAGAAGAACAUUUACACUGUCACAGCGCUGCCCAUUGGCAACGAGAGGGUUGACUUUGAGGUGACAAUCCCUGGGGAAGGGAAAGAUAGAAUUUUUAAGGUCGCCAUCAAGUGGCUGGCCAUUGUGAGCUGGCGUAUGCUGCAUGAAGCCCUGGUCAGUGGCCAGAUCCCUGUGCCCUUGGAGUCUGUGCAAGCCCUGGAUGUGGCCAUGAGGCACCUGGCAUCUAUGAGGUACACCCCUGUGGGCCGCUCCUUCUUCUCACCGCCUGAGGGCUACUACCACCCGCUGGGGGGUGGGCGCGAGGUCUGGUUCGGCUUUCACCAGUCUGUGCGCCCUGCCAUGUGGAAGAUGAUGCUCAACAUUGAUGUCUCAGCCACUGCCUUCUACAAAGCACAGCCAGUGAUUGAGUUCAUGUGUGAGGUCCUGGACAUCAGGAACAUAGAUGAACAACCCAAGCCCCUCACGGAUUCUCAGCGAGUCCGCUUUACCAAGGAGAUAAAAGGCCUGAAGGUGGAAGUGACCCACUGUGGACAGAUGAAGAGGAAAUACCGCGUGUGUAAUGUUACCCGCCGCCCUGCUAGUCAUCAGACGUUUCCCUUGCAGCUGGAGAGUGGGCAGACUGUGGAAUGCACCGUGGCACAGUAUUUCAAGCAGAAAUACAACCUUCAGCUCAAGUAUCCCCACCUGCCCUGCCUGCAAGUUGGGCAAGAACAGAAGCAUACCUAUUUGCCCCUCGAGGUCUGUAAUAUUGUGGCUGGGCAGCGGUGCAUUAAGAAGUUGACUGACAACCAGACCUCAACCAUGAUAAAGGCUACAGCUAGGUCGGCCCCAGACAGACAGGAGGAGAUCAGUCGCCUGAUGAAGAAUGCCAGCUACAACUUAGAUCCCUACAUCCAGGAGUUUGGGAUCAAAGUGAAGGACGACAUGACGGAGGUGACGGGGCGAGUGCUGCCGGCGCCCAUCCUGCAGUAUGGCGGCCGGGUGAGCAGGAACCGGGCCAUUGCUACACCCAACCAAGGUGUCUGGGACAUGCGUGGGAAACAGUUCUACAAUGGGAUUGAGAUCAAAGUCUGGGCCAUCGCCUGCUUCGCACCCCAAAAGCAAUGUCGAGAAGAGGUGCUCAAGAACUUCACGGACCAGCUGCGAAAGAUUUCCAAGGAUGCGGGGAUGCCCAUCCAGGGUCAGCCUUGCUUCUGCAAAUACGCGCAGGGAGCAGACAGCGUGGAGCCCAUGUUCCGGCAUCUCAAGAACACCUACUCAGGACUGCAGCUCAUUAUCGUCAUCCUGCCCGGGAAGACGCCAGUGUAUGCUGAAGUGAAGCGUGUUGGAGAUACACUCUUGGGAAUGGCAACACAGUGUGUGCAGGUGAAGAAUGUAGUCAAGACCUCACCUCAGACCCUGUCCAACCUCUGCCUCAAGAUCAAUGUCAAACUUGGUGGCAUUAACAACAUCCUAGUCCCACACCAGCGCUCUGCUGUUUUUCAACAACCAGUGAUUUUUCUGGGAGCAGACGUUACACACCCCCCGGCUGGGGACGGGAAGAAGCCUUCCAUCACAGCGGUGGUAGGCAGCAUGGAUGCACACCCCAGCCGAUACUGUGCCACUGUGCGUGUGCAGCGCCCACGGCAGGAGAUCAUUGAAGACUUGUCCUAUAUGGUGCGGGAGCUGCUUAUCCAGUUCUACAAGUCCACCCGUUUCAAGCCCACCCGAAUCAUCUUCUACCGAGAUGGGGUCCCUGAGGGCCAGCUCCCCCAGAUUCUUCACUAUGAGCUGCUUGCCAUUCGAGAUGCCUGCAUCAAACUGGAAAAAGACUACCAGCCUGGGAUCACUUAUAUUGUGGUGCAGAAACGCCAUCACACCCGCCUUUUUUGUGCUGACAAGAAUGAGCGAAUUGGGAAGAGUGGUAACAUCCCCGCUGGGACCACUGUGGACACCAACAUCACCCACCCGUUUGAGUUUGACUUCUAUCUGUGCAGCCAUGCAGGCAUCCAGGGUACCAGCCGCCCAUCCCAUUACUAUGUGCUUUGGGAUGACAACCGUUUCACAGCAGAUGAACUCCAGAUCUUGACAUACCAGCUGUGCCACACUUAUGUACGAUGCACACGUUCUGUCUCUAUCCCAGCACCUGCCUACUAUGCCCGCUUGGUGGCUUUCCGGGCACGAUACCACCUGGUGGACAAGGAGCAUGACAGUGGAGAGGGAAGCCACAUAUCGGGGCAGAGCAAUGGGCGAGACCCCCAGGCCCUGGCCAAGGCCGUGCAGGUUCACCAGGACACUCUACGCACCAUGUACUUCGCUUGAAGGCAGAACGCUGUUACCUCACUGGAUAGAAGAAAGCUUUCCAAGCCCUGGGAGCUGUACCACCCAAAUCCAGAGGAAGCAAGGAAGCGGGAGGUGGGGUCGGGAGGAGUCUAGGAGGCCUUGUCUCUAUCUACAGAGGGGUUGUAAGGGUGGGAAGAGGACCAGCAAGACAGACUACCAGCCAGAAAUCUCUGAUAGCAACCUCAUGUCCUCCACCCCUCUCCCCAUCUUGUCACAUCUGACCCCACUGGACCAAAAGGGGCAGCCCUGGCGCCCACCAUACACAUAGUUGUCUCACGUGACUCACAGUGCUAAAGACUCGUGCUUGACAGCUUACUCGGGUCAGCUCUGCAGUCCUGUGGUCAAAUCUGCUAUGUUUGGGUUUGGUAAUUCUAGAUGAGAAAGUGAGGGGCUUGAGAAAGUGGGUGGGAGGAGGGAAGGAAUUUUUAGGAGCCUUAAUCAGAAAAGGUCUAGAUUUGUUUAAGAAGAAAAAUGAAAACAGACUCAGAUCAAUAUUUUAGGAUACUAGAUGUUUUCAUGGGUUCAGAAUCCAGUUUGUAGGAAGAUUUUUAAUGCUAAUGGUUUGGGUUGCUCCUCCCCAGCUGCCACCACCCCCCCCAUUAUUCCUCUCCAUAUUUUCUACCCCAUAUGCCUCUUCCCUGACAGACAUCCAGCCCCUAGUAACACUUAAGGCACGAUGGCACUUAGCUCUGAAGUGACACGACCCUGUCUUCCUUCCGCCUGCUGGUGGGUAACAGUGCCUUCCCUGUAAUGGUAAUGCUGCAGAACUGCAA